AUGGUAUCACAGCUUCGGAAGCGAAACCUCCAACGCCAGACCUCUAUCUCCUAUCGUCCAGUCAGGAGCGCCAAAACUGAUUCACUCGCUUCUGAUAACUCCAGCGACGACGACGACAACAGCUCUGAGCCAGAUCUCUUUUCGAGACUCAACAAAUUCGCUUCAGAGGUCCAAACACAGUGUGACCAGUUCUAUGAUCGGUUAAAGGCGCUCGAAAAAGACGUCGCCAAGUCAUCGGAAUCUUCUAUUUGUGCUGACCCAAGCGACGUCCGCCGUUUGCUGCCUGUCAGUCUGGUCCGCAUUUUCAUUCCCACGUUGCCGACUCCAGCCUUCACAAUCAAGAGUAACAUCAAAAGCAUAAGGGGUAAGCUUGACAAGACCGCACAGGCAUGGGAUGUCGAUCCAAUCCACGUGUUGUUCGGUAUCGUGUUCGAUGAAGCAAAACAGGGCCAAAAGUUCUUUGUAGCUCUCCACGACUUCGCCAAAAUCAUUCAAGAUUACCAGAAAGCAAUCGACCUAUUGUGUGAGCAGGCUCGCAUUCGACGCAACGGGGCCUCAAAGGCAAGAAACGUUUUCGGCAUCCAGCUGGGAGACGUUGUAGCCGCCAUCGCUGCCGUCAAGCCCGAAGACACUGCUCGCAAGCCAACAAGAAAGGACACGGCCGCAGCCACCACGUCAGAAGAAGCCGAGGCGACCGAUAUCAUCCAUCCUGUGGAGCAAGAGCAGCCUCUUACUGCGCCAACAACGCCUGGUAGCUCGCAAGCAGAUCAAUCCUUUGAGUCCCCCGAACUCCCACGGGAGUCGUCUCGCAAUCCAUCCCGCAGUCCAUCCGUCGACAUUUCGGAAGAUCUCGAGCUCGAAGACUUAAUCCACAACAGCCUAGAGUCUUCGAACGUUUCGCCACCUCCUCCCUGCCAGUCGAUUCAAGACGAAGAUCAAGGGGUCACCGACUGCAAUCAUAGAGAUAUCCCAGCAGACCAAGAGACAUUUCCAGCCGACCAAGAGCCUGAAGGCUCUUUCUGGGGCAAUUUCGACGACGGAGAUUCCGAGCAAGGCUCCCCCUCGUGCAGCCAGAACACAGUCUUGGCAGAAGAGGACGUUGACCAUCAGCACAGCGAGGAUCUGCCGAACCCCCACACUGACAACACCCGUAACGAUCCUUCCUUGUCUCCGCCCGACGAUUCUUUCGUGUACGUGAAGCUUUCGACUCUGAAACACGGAAGCGCUAAACACUGUACGAUGACGGAGUGCGACGAAAGACCAAGGGGGCAGAAGAGAACGCGAGAGGCCUGCGAACUGGAACGAAUCGCAUCUCUGACAGGAAAGAACACUAUCGUGAGAAGCGAUUUGUUGAACCAAGCUUUGGAAGACGUGUUCAAGUUGCUGGCCCCUCACGUGUUCUUUGUGGGCCACGAAGUUGUCAAGUCGAUGGUCGCAGGGCCUAGCCGACGCGAGACUCUACGACUCAUUUCUCACGAUGUUUGGAAGAGCGAUUACACGUUUCUGUUGUUUGAAUUCGAGGAGAGUCAAUUCGGCUUGGUUGUAGUCACAUGUGCAAGUCAGAAGGCUCAGAGAAUCCAGCUUUUCGACCCAAACUCCUCACCGAGCCACAUCGAAACCGUAACUUGCACCAUUAACGCGUUCUUAAAGCACAUCCUACCGACCACCCUCCCCAAAAAGCGUGACAUUCGCAAAUGCGGGAUGCCUAUCACCGACAGAGCUGAGGACAAUGGCAUCAUCAUUUUCGCCGCGGCCAUGUGCCUUAUCCCCAGCAACCACCUCCCACCAAAGCUCCAUGAGGUUUUCAAACCUGCCAUCAUACCCUACCGUCCGCCCGCCCUUGGGGGUGAAAAUAUCGCACCCAGGACCGGGGUUGACCAGCUUGGAGCUGCCCGCGACGAUAUGGACACCUGGUUCGAGAACCAGAAACAUCGCAUCCAAAAUUCGAUAAGAGAACAGUCGGAAUGCGCCGAGGCCAUCCUUGGCACCGUAACACUUAUCGACGAGUCACUUGAUUAUUUAAUCAGAAAUGCCCAUUCUAUCAUCGGCUGCCUUGAAGUACAAUUGGAAACGACAGCCGCUCUGAACAACCUUGAACACGAAGACUCCGAGGGCGAUGUCCCCGUGGACAUCUUCAUGAAUAAGCUAACCGCCGACAUGGAGCAGAUGAAGGAGACGCUUGAGCGCGUACAGAGCACCGAACAAGGUAUCCAGAAACUCUAUGAACGGGUGAAGAGAUUUCAGGAAGGUGUAGAAAAAGAAAAAGAGGCUUUCAAACGAAGGUUCGGCUCAGAUACAUAG